GCAUGCUGGACUCCAGCUCUGGCACUUGCCUCCAGCCAAGCUCAGCUACCUUCCCUGUGGCAAGAUGCUUGCAGUGUUACCUGUGGCUGCAAUGGUGGGCUUGCUGGUGGGGGGGCUGGAACUUGCCCAAGCCCGCAAGUCUGAACCUCUGAGUGGUUCCAGUGACCAGCCUCUUUUCCGUGGGGCGGACCAGUACAACUUUGGCAUUGUCAUCCCUGCAGGCAGCAUAGAGUGCUUCUGGCAAUUUGCCCAUCAGAGCGGCUUUUUCUACUUUAGCUAUCAGGUGGGUGCCGGUGGAGGGGGUGCUGCACAAAUCCAAGGGUUGUGCUGUGGUCAAGGGGGGACAGUAAUGAGCAGCCAGAUUCUCUAGUAGCAGCAGAACCAGGGAAAGGGAUUUAGCUUGGGGAAGAGCAUCUGCUUUGCAUAUAGGUCUCAGCUUCUACCCCUGACAUUUUGAGGGAGGGCUGAAAAAAUUUCCCUGGAUGAAUUUCUGGAGAGCCACUGUCCGUCAAACUGAGAGAAUAACAAACUAGUUUGGACCUAUGAUCCAAUUUAGCAUAAGGCAAGUUCCUAUGAUUGUAACCAGCAUCCCCCAGAACGCAAACUGGGAAUCUUGCAUUAUCUUAUUGGUUGUCAUGAACCCCUAAAGUAUCAAUAGUCAAGCCAAAUUCUUUCAUUGCACCUUAAAGAACUUGGUCAGGUUUAACUGUCUUGGCCAGUUGAGAAUACCUAGCCCUAGCCUGCAUGAUGGAAGGGCUGAAGGGCAUUGUAAUCCAAAACAUAUGGAAAGCACAAGGGUUACAUGGACGGGGAAGGCUGGUGGCAUUGCUGAGUAUGUUUUAGAUUCUAGAUUUUCCAGAAGUGCCAUUUAUCCAUAAAGAUGAUUUAGUGACUUCCUGAAAGGAACCUCUCACUCUUGGGUUUGCCAAUGCUGAGGUCUCUGCCAAAGACCUCCCUUUAGGUGCCAGCUAUAAAACUGGAGCCUUCCUGCUUCUUAAACUCUUUACAGUGGUACCUCGGGUUACAAACACUUCAGGAUACAGACUCCACUAAACUGGAAGUAGUACCUCAGGUUAAGAACUUUACUUCAGGAUGAGAACAGAAUUUGUGUGGUGGCAGCGGGAGGCCCCAUUAGCUAAAGUGGUGCUUCAGGUUAAUAACAGUUUCAGGUUGAGAACGGAUGUCCGGAACAAAUUAAGUUCUUAACCCGAGGUACCACUGUACUUCUAAACUGCCUUGACAAUCCAGUCGCAAUGGUGGGUCAGCACAAGCACCUUGGCAGUCUCCUGUCAUGGCACUUGGCCUCAAGCCAGAAACUUUCAGCUCCACUUUCCUCUUGGUAAACUGGAUUGCUCUGAAGGUGAACAAGACCAUGACCAAGCUGUAAAUCCAGUCAUGACGCAGGAGCUGGAGGCAGGAGGGUGAUUCAGCUGGCACCGUGACUGGUUGAUUCUAGUUGAGAUUGGAAGGAAGAAUAUUUUUGUUUCUUAGCAAGGGUCUAAAACAAAAAUGUGGGGUUAUUGCAUGGGCCAGUUUCAAGGAAAUAGCUCAGCUUCCUCCAGGCACAGGCAUCCGACCCUGAAAGUGGGAGGGUAAGGCAAUCGCAUAUAUUUGCCAUCCUCCAAGUCAGGGAUUAAGGGCUACCAGCAAGAAGUGAGUUGGCUGGUGGUGGCAGGUCAGCUUGCUAGUUGCCACUCCUACACUAAGUGCACUGGAAACUUUAUAGACAACUGCAAUUCCUGUCUCAUCAUCUGCCUGUAGAGGUUUGUGGAGAAGACACAUAUUCAGCAUGUAACCUGUUGCUUUGAAAGUCCAAUGACUAAACUGUUUUGUCUGACUCUCUUGUGCAUACUCUCUCAUGAAAUUGCUGCUUUUGCGAGAACUCUCCUUGCUGUGUGUGUGUGUACCAGCAGCAUAACUGAUAGGUACAUCGUGCCUUCCAAUAUGGAAAUGGCAGCUCCAUUUGCCUUCUGUAGCUGAAUACUUGCACAGAUCAGCUCUUGCAUCUAAGAAACCAAAAACAAGAAAGUGGCAGGUAACAUGGUUAUAGCAUUACCAAUGCCACCCCAUUUCUUGUCCUGUCCUGUCCUGUCCUAUCCCUAUCCUAUCUUGGUUUCAGGUGCAGUGGUCUUCAGGUCUUGGACAUGACCAACACAUCCUGGCAACCGCAAAUGACCCCAAUGGGCUCCACCUUGGCACCUCCCAGGAUACACGGGGACAGAUCAACUUCCAAACCAAGGAAACAGGUGCCUCUCUCUCUCUGUACCCACAGCCAUAUCAAGAGUGCUUUCUAGACUCCCAUAACUGGCUCAGGUGCAGCCUCCAAGCAAAAUAGGUGAUCCUGAACAUGCAGUGAGCACGUCCCCCAUUGCGGACCCUCCUCCCAUAAAGCCACCUUGAACUGGGUGCUCAAAGGCUGGGUUCUGAAAUAGAAAACCUCUGUUUAGUUAUAACCUCACAGGAGGAAAAACCUCUGGGCCCAUGGCUCAGCAGGAGAGCAUCAGAUUUGAAGACCCCAGAUUCAAUUCCAACUAUGUCUAGGCAAGACUGGGAAUGUCUGAAAUCUUGGGAGAGCCAUUGCCAGACAAUGCUGAGCUAGGUGAUCCAAUGGUCUGAGUGGGUGUAAGGCAGCUUCUUAUAUUCUACCACACCUACCACCCUCCCCAAAGAUAUGAGGCUAGUAACUAUGAAUGAUGUUCAGAAAGCACUCUAGGAAUGACAGGCUCUUUCUCUCUCUGGACCACUUCAUAUUCCCCCAAAAGGAAGUUGAAAGCAGAUUGGUAUUGGGUUAGAUGGGCACAAGCAUAAUCUCCCUUGCUGCCUGCCACCACAGCUCUUACUCCUCCAUUUAUGUUUUCUUUUUAGAGGGAUGGACAAUAACCAGGGAAUCCCAGAAAAUUUUUGACUCUAAUCGGAUUAUUGUAUACGGGGCCAAGCAAGCUAUCUUUAAAUGACACAGCUACCCCUUUUAAAUUGUAGGCUAUCUUCUCAAGAAAGGGGUACGUUCAGUCUCUCUCUUACAGACCUGAAUUCAAAUUGCGUUGCUCACACCCAACACCAGAAGGCCUUAAAUGCUGCUGGUUCACCUGGCAAAGUUUAACUCUUUCUUGCAGGCUUCUAUCAGCUCUGUCUGAGCAAUCGGUACAACCACUUUGGCUCCGUGCAGGUCUACCUCAACUUUGGGGUCUUCUAUGAGGGCUUUGAUCUACAAACUCCACAUGAAGCUGAGAGGAAAAGACUUAACGACACACUGGAUGCAAUUGAGGUACCUUAUUAAAGAACUAAAAAUAAAUAAGGUAGCAGUGAUAAAGCUGGGAGCCAUUUGGAACCUCCAGGGCUGGGGGGAAAUGGGACAGAUAUGAUCUCCUUCAUGCUUGAUGCAGCCUGGAUAUUUUAUUUAUUUUUUACCCACCUGAGUCUGACAGCUGUUAGUGAGAAGGACAGGCAUCCUUUCCUUUCAGGCUGUGAAGGAAAACGCUCCCCAUGGUUGGCCAGACAGCCGGUUGCCAAGAGCAGCAAUCUGCAGCCUAAGUGAAGUAUCUGUUCAAAGCCACAGCAGGGCCAAGGACAGACAUCUGGGACUGAAUAGCUUUCCCUGCUCCUCUUUUGUUAACAGGAGAGCACCAAAAAACUGCUGAAUGGCAUCUUCCAAAUGUGGCGCUACUACACUUUUAAUCGGAUGAAGAGCACCUCAGACUACUUCCUUCUGGAGUCCAAUUACAACUACGUGAACUGGUGGUCAGCGGCCCAGAGCCUGGCUAUUGUUCUCUCUGGUGUCCUGCAACUCUACUUCCUCAAGCGCCUCUUCACCACACAGCCCACCACAGCCACCAACAAGCCACGGUGCUGAGGCUGCUUCAGAAGGCUAUUUAUGCCAGGCUGAAAAGCCAAACUGCUCUCUCCUUGCCACCCUCUUAACACCCAACUGACUAAAUACCUGCAAGCAGCAAAGGAGAGCAAGGGCAUGUCCACCUGCUGGUGCGGCUUUUUUUUGGUGGGGGGAGGGGUGUUGGCUGAAAAAUCCAAGUAUUCUUCCAGAGGAGCCACAGGGGGUUGGUUGACUUGAAAUGAAACUGCCCCAAGUUAAAAUAAACAUGACUCAAAAUGCGG